AAAGAAUGUGAUUAGGCUAUUGUAUACAGAUAUAAAAUGGUGAUGAUUUCGUUAGUAAUCUCUUUUGAAAGUAAUUCUAUUCCUUUAUGAUUACUGUAUAUAGUUUGAAAAAUAGGGUAAAAAGACGUUUGUUGAACUAUACUCUGGGGUAAUUUAGAACUUAUUUUCUUCAGUGUAGAUGUAUGUUACAACGUUGUGAUUUGGCGUUGCCAAGCAUUCGCUCAAUACGUGUGGUAAGCAAAGCAUGGGGAGAUGCCAGUUACACGAUCUCUGGGAGCGUAGCUGCGACAGCACAGCAAGAGACCUUCACUCGCGGGGAGCGCUGGGCAUGAUUUCAACAAGGUCACCGUUGCUUACUUGGAUUUCAGCUGCUUUUUCCGCGGAUUCGUUCCUCUCCAUCAACAACUGUUAACAACAAACUAGAUUGCAUCUGCGAUGUUAUAUCUCUACUGAGAAGAAAUCAACAACUAUUCAAGUGCAAAAAUGGCGACCAUGACUGAAAUAAAUUUUGCAGAAUUGAUUGAUUUGUCGCUGGGAACACCCGAAGUCGUGAAUUACAAAGGUUUGCGAGUGCUUCUUGCUGCAAUUGUAAGCAAACUGGGAGUGACUAGUGUUAACUUGGAAUUAAAUGAAGGAGAUAAAAAAGAAAUAAAUGAAGUGAGGGAUGCUCAAUCUAAAGGCAAAGCAAGAGAACAUGAUGGGACAACUCCGACAAGGCCUUCCACGGGCACGGGCACCGGGCGAUUGGAAACCAAUUUUACUGACAUUGACAAGAGCAAGAGCAUCGCCAUUGCGGAUUCAUCCAGAGACGGAACUGUGCCCAGCAAAGACAAAGUUAUUCAGGAUAUUGAACAAAAAAUGUCAAAGAUUGAGGGACAGUUGAGUGCACUGAAUGCCUUGCCAUCAAAUCAGAGUUUGAUGUCAAGAUCAGGAAGCAGCGAUGAUGGAACGAAGAAGACUCCUGUUUCAGACAUGUGGCAACUGAUGCAAUGUCAGAAGACGGCUGCAGCAAAUGAAGAAGGUGUUUCAAAGCUUAUGAGUAUGGUGGAAGAUAUAAUGAGAGAAUUAUCUAAUAUGAAUCGGCAAUUACAAGACCACACCAAAAAUCUGUCCAAUCUACAGGACAAACACGCCAACCUAGCCAGUGAUAUUGAAAAGAUUAAUAAAUACAACAAGACUGUAGAAACAAGACUAAGCUCAUUAGAAGCUUCAUCAGGACAACAGGAUAAAAUUGAUGAUCUCAACAAACUCAUAGAGGAACUAAGGAACCAGUUAGCAUUGUUGCCUCAAGUGGAAGAGAUCGUGACAUGGCCUGACUUUGAAGCAGCCCUGAAAGGAGCGUAUAGAGAACCGAUUGAUCAUUCAGACUCAGCGAUGCAAACUGUACCUUCAGAUCACUCAAGAGUCCAGACAGCACCUUUAAAUCAUGCCUCUGCUCAGACCACUACCCCCAUUCCUCCCACACCUUCACCACCGCCCUCCCGUCCAGUAUCAAGUAGGUCCAUGCGUUCAGCAGUGUCUUCUGCCUCUCUACACCCAACCCAAGAGAUCCAGAGGGUCUUGAGACAGCUCGGGGAACUUACCGGAAAACACGAUUCCCUUGAAGGAAGGGUCCAAAUACUUGAGGACCUCAUGUCCAAGAAGGCUGACAUGUCAGAAGUUGAAGCCCUAUUAUCACAAUCAAACGUUCCAGGAGACUUGGCUAAUAAGCUGGCUGAAUUAGAGGAAGGACUGAACCAUCUUAGAGACAGCAAAGCAAAGCUGGAUGCCUUAGAAGAGCGGCUACGAAGCCAAAGCGACAGUUGUGCCGUGACGUUUGAAGAUUUGGCAGCUCUGCGUCAAGAAUUAGAGCAGGCCAUAUCGGACCUUGCCGAGGCGCAGGAUGCCCUUGCUAGGGAUGUCUCCAACAUUGGCACAGUCGAACCAUCUUCACAGGGGGAUAACGGCCGGGAUAAUGAAAGUCAUCAGAAACUACAGGACGCCCUCGCACAACUCCAGGCAGAGGUAGUUAAACUCAAUACAUCCUAUAUACAUCUUGUGGAUGAACACAACGUUAAACAGAAACAUAUUGAUGCUCUUUACACCUUUGUUGAUCGUCUGCAAGAAAACAAAGCCGACAAGGAGCAUGUUAUCAUGGAGAUUGAUGUGAAAGCGGACAAGCGUGCUUUGGAUAACAAGGUGAGCCGGUCUCACUUUGACGGUGCGGUGGAUGAGCUUUCGAAAAAUCUCAGUGAAGUCAUGGACAAACUCAGCGGCCAUAGAACUGCUUGGGACUCUGCUGUUGGUGAGUUGAAACUGGACAUCGACAACAAGCUUGACCGGAUGGAGCUUGACCCACUCAAGUCGUACCUUGAUAACCGCAUCAAAUCGGUCAGCUCAAAAUACGUCAAGAAAGAGGUCGAGACCGGAGAAGAUGCUGCCGGCUUCAGGAGGCCUCUUCAAAAGUUUCACUGUAUUUCGUGCGACAGGCCGCUUGACAUGGCCCCACAGGCACCUAUUGCAUCAUUACCGGAGGGUAGAGGUCUCCCAAGCAACAGAACAGGACGGCCGUAUACAACCUUUGAACUUGAACAGAUACGAGCAGCACAGAAAAAAAUUGCCUUGUCCAUUCCCCCUGAGAAUGACCUACCCCUGAUUGAGGGGACCCAAUCCCUGGUCCCAGGGGAGUUGAUGAGAUUGAGACACACCCGUCAGAUGAGCGAGUAUCUUCGGGGGUGCAGUCCCCAUGUCCAAAGCGGUACUUACCAGGACGUUCCCGAUUACUUUGUAGCGAGCCGUAGCUGCGGGGGAAGUCAUACAAUGACCUUUCCCCAUCGGAGAAUAACCAGGGUCGCUCAGACAACGAAUAUGGUUACAACAACAGAGGAUAUAGCUCCUGUUAUCAAUGGAAGGAUUGAAGCAGACAUACAGGGUCAAGAUGGUCAUAUAUACAAAGCUCGGUUGGACACUGGUCACAUGACUGAGAGGUUACCAACCCUAACACAAUCAAAGGGGAACAUGAGAGCUAAAUCACCCCGGGUCAGCAGUGCAAGGGGACGUCGCAGUCACCCACCCUCCAGACAAGCCCCCGAACCCCUAGACACCACCGCCCUCCAACCAAACGGAAUAAUGGUCCCCCAUUCCAGCGCUGCAGCUAGGGCACCCAACCGCCCCACUUCGGCUAGACCAGGAUCCGGCAACAAACCCCCCUCUACCUCAUCAGGCGGGCGGGGUUCCCCCGUCACCGCCCCCGCAAACACGGAGGUGGAAGCUGGACAGCCACCUCCCCCAACCCCAAGGGAUGCCCCACCAGAGACGAUCUCCGUCCCCCAACCUAUAGAAGCAACGUCAGACCAGUCAUAACAUUCCUAGGAUAUCUUUGCCUUCAUUUUUAAAAACUUUCCAAGCUCAGUCGAAAUUGCAUACAGUCUUUCGUUCUACCGUCCAGUUUGGUUCUAGCAGGAUUUUAAGACUGUUUUCCGUCCAGGGACUGGCAAUAGUUUCAAAUUUCUUCUUUAUUUAUAUACUCAAUAGGAUUGUACAUAUAUUUUGAAAAUUUCAGAUUGCAUUGUUUCAUAAAAUUUUUUGAAGUACAUACAACAAAAACAAUCACAUUGUAUUUGAAACAUGGACAAUCAUGUGGUAAACUCUUGGAAAUUAAUUUGCACAAGAGGUGAUAUUGCACUUUGUAUUUUUGGAUUGCUUUUCUACGCAUAUCUGAAGUCUUCUUUAUUAUAAAUCAUAGAUGAGUAACUAGAUGUUUUCUUGUCUUUCCAAAGAAUAAUGUGAUUUCGUGUAAUAGGGAAAAUAUAUUGUGCAAACGAUUGGGGCAUUUUACACCUUGUAUAUAAAAAAAAUUAUCACAAUAUGACAAAUUUAUUAUUCUGUCAGCAAAUUUAGUACCUUGGUCAGUUUUUAAUUUUUCUCUAUGAUACCGUCCAGUGUAUUCCAAGUGUAUUUUUUUGUGCCUGUUUUUCACCAAAUGCCUAUCAUGUAAAUACAAACUGCCAAAUUAUAUAUCUAUAUAUUUUAUCAAAAGUAUUUUUGAUGAAAUACCGCAAUUCCAUCCUUACGCCUUAUAGAUAGCUAUGAGAAAAGAGAGUGAAAGAGAGAGUGAGAGAGAUAGGAAGAAAGAGAGAGAGCAAAAGAGAAAAUGUAAAAGAGAUAGAUGUUGAGAGAAAAAGAAAGAGAGGAGAGAGAUAAAACUAUAGAAACUAUAAACAAUUAUGUGUUUUCAAUCGAGUCUUUGUUUUUAAAAAACAUCUUAACAGAUUCUCUCAUCUGGAACAAUUUUUUUUAAAGGGUAUGAAGUUGAUUUUAAAGAUUAUAUACCAACAUUUACACAUGCAGUAAUUUUUCCUUUAAUGCAUCGCUAUAUAUUUCAUAAUUGCAUCAACUUUUUUCCCCAUUGUAAUGCAAAUUUCCUACCUUUUUAUAAACUUGACCAUAUUUUUUACAUUCCAGGGUGUGUGGUGUAUUUUCUAGAGAUUAAUAUGUAUUUCUUCAAAAGGUGAUAGCUUACAACUCUCUGCACAUCUCUAUCAAUUUUUUUAGAAACAAAUUUGUUGAAUUUACUUCUGAUCUCUGAACUCUGCUCAAUUUUCGAAGACGUAUUGUUAGUAAAUAAUGAAAAUUCUUCAAAUUUUUUUUUAAUCAUUAUAAGUAUGCUAGUUUACUAUAAUUACUUCAGAUAUGGAAUCAUCAGGCCUACUUUCAUAAAAUUGAUCAAGUACAAAUUCUUUUAUAAGCUACUGAAAGUAAACAAUUUGAUUGGCCUAAAGCAACUUUGUCUUGAGAGUUGUAGCAUUUUUUAAAUAUUCCUAACGAGUUCAUUAAAACAGGACGUAGAGUCAUUCAUAAGUCCAGUAUGAUAAACCGGAUUAAAGUUGCACACACUAUUGUUGAUUCUGCAAUGUGUAUGUAAGGCAAGCAAUUUGUGUUUAUCAAUUGCAACCCAUUAGAUAUCAUUUGUUUGAGAAUGCUCUCCAUUAGAUUCGUACAUGAAAACUGCUAUUCUUCUAGAAUAUGUUCUAUUCUCACUGUAUGUUGACAGCAAUGUCCCAUAAUGCACCAUGAGCUAUGUGUAUGACAUGAAAUGUUUGAUAAUUACUGGCUUGUCAGUAUCACUUUGAAUUAAUGCUGGUUUUGAAAGUAGACAAGUUUGAAGUUUAAUUCUUGGGAGUGAUGUGGAAAUAUUUCAUUUUUUGAAGAACUGUUUUUGUUUUAGAGUUUCAUAAUCACCUAAAUUAUGUUUAUACUUCAUCUGAAGUCAUUUUGUGUGUAUGAUUCAUGUCUGUUUUUCAACAACUCUUUUAAGUCACUGUCCAUUGAUUUCUGAUAUUGUCAAUGCCUCAAGUGGAUUUUGAAUUUGUGAAUUUUUAGUCAUGGAUAUAUCAGUAGUCUUGAUAUCAUGCCUGGUGCAUCAAAUCAAUAGAUUUACUUUUCUUGCAGUUCUAAUGGCAAUAUAUUGCAUUUUCUUGGUAGGAAACUCUGAUUGGCAUAUGUUACUUGUUGCUAGAACUGGCAAGCUAUCAGAGUAUCAAGAACAUUUGACAAAUUUGCUCACAUUUGGACUGUGUUUGAUAGUAAACCGAUUGAUUUAAUGAUUUUUUCAUGUCAGUAUGACAUUUCCUUUGGACACCAAGGGGCCAUGUUUUCAUAAAUUUUGUUAUGAUAACAAAUUUGCAAUAAUAGCUUAAAGCGACUGAAAUCAUUCGAUCUGGGGCCCAUUACAUCAAGGACUUGCAACUGUUGUAACUUUGUCAUUAUGUCAACUACCAUGGUAACAGGUCUCAGCAGCCAAUCAUAGUCAAGGUUUCCAUGGUAGUUGCCAUAAUGACAAAGUUACAACAGUUGUAAGUCCUUUAUGAAACGGGCCCCUGAUUGGCUAGUUGUAAAUUUGUUAUAGAUAUUGUGCAUUUGUUAUCAUAAGACUUUAUGACAUGGCACCUAGUAUUUGAAUUGAAUUACAUUUAUUUAUUACCGGUAUUGCAUAUCAUGAGUGAUGAUGUUUUGUGUUCAUUUGAGCUUAAAUCAUGAUGACGUACCUUUGAUAUAAUAAUAAGAUUAUUGCAUACGGUUCUAAAGAUGAAUAUAUUAUGUUUCAAAGAUUAAUUUACUAGGCUGUGAUGUGAUAGAAUCAGCUGCAAUUUCAAAUCCUACAGGGUUAGUUUUGAAGUGCCUUGAAUGUUAUUUUCAGAUUAAGUGGUUUUGAACCAGUUUAUAGAAGACAGCAGCUGUUUUAGUACUUAUUCAUGCCUUUAAUAACCAAUGAUUCAUGCUUAUGCUAUGAAUGUUAACCCAUGUUUUAGGGUAUGAAAUGGUAUAGGUCAGCCCAAUUUAAAAUUUUUGGAUAUGUGACUAUUGUUUUCAUACCAAGUUAGGCCGAUGGUUUUGUAAAAAAAAAAAGCAUAAAAUUUGUUGGGUUACACAAACCAUCAUUGCUAGCAAUUACCUACACAGAUGAUUUAAUGACUGAUUUAUUAAUUGUUGUGGUUUUGUUCCAUUGUGAUCUCACACUUAAAUCUAUUUUCACAAAGCAAGCAUUAAUCAAUAAUUGAACACAUAGGUCCCUAUAUAAGUAUGUUAGUUUAUUGUAAAGUAUAUUACAUAAUUUGAAUUGUCUAUUAUCAUGUACUUAUUUCUAGUUUUUAUAAAAACUAAAUCUGAAUACUAAAAUUGUCAUUAUUUUCUGUAUUACACACCAAUGUUUUCUUUAUGCGAGCCUGUGCGCGACUUAUUUUCAUGUUAAAAUAAAAAACUUGUCAAGAAAGUAAAUGUUUGUGAACCCA